GGGCAGGGCACAACACUGCAGCACUGAGACACUGAUUUCUUCAGCUUUGUUGUUGUCUACAGUUUAUAUCAGUUUAUCAUAUUCAACAUAACUAAGAGGUGUAUGACAAGUAAACGUCGAAAAUCGAGCUUGUGCCUUCCACCCCCAAACCACGGAGCUCAGAAUGUACCCCUUCAGAGGGAUCUCAGCACGCAUACAGGAGGACAGACUGCAGGCGGAGGGGAUGGGGACCAACGAGCGGGCGCAGAAGUUCCUGAACCAGGACUAUGAGGCCCUGAGGCAGGAGUGCCUGGAAAGUGGCCGUCUGUUUGAGGACCCCAGCUUCCCAGCCGAGCCCCCCUCCCUGGGCUUCAAAGAACUGGCCCCCAACUCAUCCAAAACCCGUGGUGUCAAAUGGAUGAGGCCUACAGAGCUCUCAGACAGCCCCAAGUUUAUUGUCGGUGGGGCAACCAGAACUGAUAUUUGUCAAGGAGCACUAGGCGACUGCUGGCUCCUAGCAGCCAUUGCCUCCCUCACCCUUAACGAGAAGCUACUAAACAGAGUGGUCCCUCAUGGCCAAACAUUCCAAGAUAACUACGCUGGUAUUUUUCAUUUCCAGUUCUGGCAAUUUGGAGAAUGGGUGGAUGUCGUCAUUGAUGACCGAUUGCCUGUCAAAGAUGGAGAGCUCAUGUUUGUUCACUCCGCCGAAGGGAAUGAAUUCUGGAGUGCGCUGAUUGAGAAAGCCUACGCUAAGCUGACCGGCUCGUACGAGGCCCUAUCAGGAGGCAGCACCACUGAGGGAUUUGAGGACUUCACUGGCGGCGUGGCGGAAAUGUAUGAACUCCGCAAAGCCCCCAAAGACCUCCACCGCAUCAUAGGAAAAGCCCUGGAAAGAGGAUCUCUGCUGGGCUGCUCCAUCGACAUUACCAGUGCCUUUGAUAUGGAGGCUGUGACCUUCAAGAAGCUAGUGAAAGGCCACGCCUACUCCGUCACGGGGCUGAAGCAGGUGAACUACCGCGGUCAAACGGAGAGGCUGAUACGAAUCAGAAACCCCUGGGGUCAGGUCGAGUGGACCGGAGCCUGGAGUGAUAAUUCACCGGAGUGGGACGCUAUUGACCCAUCUGAGAGAGAAGACAUGCACUGCCGCAUGGAGGAUGGGGAAUUCUGGAUGUCCUUCCAGGAGUUCCUGCGUCAGUUUUCCAGGCUAGAGAUUUGUAACCUGACGGCUGACGCCCUCAGUGAGGACAACCAGAGUUUCUGGAACACCGUCAAGUUCGACGGAGGCUGGAGACGAGGCAGCACCGCGGGGGGAUGCAGAAAUCACCCGAACACCUAUUGGAUCAAUCCCCAGUACAAGAUCACACUGCUGGAGGAAGAUGACGACCCAGAAGAUGACGAGGUGGCCUGCAGCUUCCUAGUGGCUCUCAUGCAGAAGGACAGGCGCCGCUACCGCCGUCAAGGCCAGGACAUGCAUACCAUUGGCUUCGCCAUCAAACAAAUCUACUACCAGUUCAAGGGUAGCCAGAAUGUCCACCUGAAGAAGGACUUCUUCCUGCGUCAUUCGUCGUGUGCCCGCUCCGAAACAUUCAUUAACCUGAGGGAGGUGAGCACCCGCCUGCGCCUGCCGCCUGGGGAGUACCUGGUGGUCCCCUCCACCUUCGAACCUGGGAAAGAGGCUGACUUCGUCCUCAGGAUCUUCACCGAAAAACAGUCAGACACAGAGGAAAUGGAUGAUGAUGUGGUGGCAACCUUUGAAGAUGAAGGGGAAAUCUCAGAGUGUGACAUUGAUGAUUCAUUCAGAGAUAUGUUUGCUCAGCUAUCUGGGGAGGACAUGGAAAUAUCCGUUUGUGAACUCAGGACCAUCCUCAACAGGGUGGUGUCCAAACACAGGGACCUGAAGACUGAUGGGUUCAGCAUGGAAUCCUGCAGAGGCAUGGUUAGCCUCAUGGAUAAAGACGGCAGCGCUCGCCUUGGCAUAGUUGAGUUUCAGAGUCUGUGGAACAAGAUCAGAAAGUGGUUGGGGAUCUUCCGGCAGUUUGAUAUGGACAAGUCAGGAUGUAUGAGCUCUUAUGAGAUGCGCCUGGCUUUGGAGUCUGCUGGGUUCAAACUUAAUAACCGACUGAACCAAGUGCUUGUUGCCAGAUACGCAGAGAACGAAGUAAUCGACUUUGACAACUUUGUCUGCUGCCUGGUCAAGCUAGAGGCCAUGUUCAAGGCCUUCCAGGAGUUGGACAGAGAAAACACUGGAACUGUUGAACUGAAUAUAACAGAGUGGCUGUACAUGACCAUGUGUGGUUGAAGUACUCCACAAUUGAUAUUCCAGUUUACAAUAGAGAACUCCAACAAUGGAGGACGACAUGGCCAGCGUGCACCCUGAAAGUGUGCACCAUCAACUAGACUAGCUGCACGUCCCACUACCCCAGGGAGGAUCUACAGUACUGUGCUUCUUAUACACAGGCUACAUCCUACUAUUUUCAGCUUUAAAUGCCUAUAAAAAAGCCAUGUUGUUUCAGCUGUUCCAGCAUUAAUACUUAAAAAAAUGUCCACAGAUAGUUCACAUGUAAAUCCCUGCAUGGUUAAGUUCUGUGGUAGUACUAGAAUGUAUAUUUAACUUCAGAUGACUAAUGCCUCAGUAUGUGCCUCUCCUGACAUGAUGACCUGUAAUAUGAGCUCAUUAGGCUAUACCAAUAUCUAUAUAACAGGGGCCAAUUCCUGCAUAUCAACACAAUACUGGAAGAUCAACACUUUUAGAGGUGUGUAGCAGCAAUUUGUCAUUUAUUGAUAAGCUAAUACGUGUUAUAGUGCAAUUAUAUUUAAUCUCAAUGCACAUUUAGAACAUAAAAAAGUGUGAGAUGUGUUGUAGAUGGUCCUGACGAAGCCGCAAACUAAGAGAUCACCUGGUUUUCAACAACAUACACCUACAUUAAAAAGAGGGUGAGGUUGUCAAUGGAAAAGUAGACCUGCCAAUGAAAGUUGCACAUUGACAUGCAGGUGAAUGUUUGACUAAUGUAAUUAAACAAAAGUGAUUGCAAAUUGAAA